AUGCUAUGGAUUGAUUCCCUGUGCAUCAUACAAGAUGAUGCGAACGUCUGGGACAAGGAAUCUCAGAAAAUGGGGGACGUGUAUCAGAAUGCUUUUGUUACCAUCAUUUCGGCAUCAACGCAUUCUUGCCACGAAAGUUUCCUAAGCAGCAUGCGACAAGGCUCUGUUGCCUUGGCAAAGAGUGGUCCUGGAGAUGUUUGCAUCAAAGCGCUCAGAACAGCAGCACGAGGCCAUUAUCUUCGGUUCAACGAGUCAUACGGCGAAGAAGUUGAUCCUAUCGACGAUCGAGCAUGGACGCUGCAAGAACGCGUCCUUUCCAACCGGGCCGUCGUCUUCACCGGGGCCGAGGUACAGUGGCAGUGCCGAACUUCCAAGACAUGCGAAUGCGGUCUUCCAUCAGAGAAAACCAUCUCCGAGAUCAUCAGAGAGCAGCUUUCCAAGGCGAACCCAGGUUGGGACCCCAACAUGGCGUGGGAGAUCUUCCUGGCCGGAGACACCUAUUUUCCAACAACUUAUAUCGCGCCCAGUUUCUCAUGGGUAUCAGUGGUCGGCCCAGUGAGAUACAAGACAUACAGCCUCGGACCAGAGCCGCACUGGCUUGCUUGUCCGGUAUUACAGGACAUCGUUCAUCGAACCGAUGACACUUUCGGUGGUGCCUCUGAGGCCUACAUUGAUUUAAAAGCUGUUUUGCUUCCAGCCCGCCUUUCUAACGUGAGGGGCGGCCAAGGCUUCGAGCUGCAUAUUGACUGCAUCCCAAACGUCCGCUAUAUUACGGUAGAGGUAGACGGCCUUAUCAAGCGUAUCGCCCAAAAGGACGACUUGAUUUCUACUCUUCGGCAGUUUCCCACAACACCGGGUGGGCAUCAGCCCGGAGAGGAGGCCUUCAUCGACACUCCUAUUCAUUUCAUGCCAUUGUUUACUGAAGGCUUCAACCUUAAUCAAACUAUAACUUGGUGUCUCUUAUUGGGCUCUUUGUCAGAUAAUGCGGGGUAUGAAAGAUUAGGCAAUGCUACCGUCUAUUUCAAGACCGCAACUUCUGACUUUGAUAUACGUGAGAAAGAGAAACAAAUUAUCCGCAUAUUUUAG